AUGAGCAGUGGCAAGCCCGGCGGAGAGCAACCCCCUUCGACUGAAGGGGAGGCAAAGGGUGGAUCCUCGAAUGAGGAGAAGGCCCCUGAAGCCGAGACCCAGUCGAAGGAUGGAUCCUCCUCGAAAGGUGAGAAUUCCCCUGAACCUGCGUCGCCGCCUCCUGCAACGGCUCCAUCGACUGGGAAUGGAUCCCCAUCAUCAGAAACGCAGGAAACCAAGUGCAAGGCCCCAGCCCGUCGUCUUCGAUUGAAGGUUUUGGCUGACUAA